GGCAUGUUUAUUCCGUAGUCCAAAGAGACAUGAGAUAUCCUGAUAUCUGACGUUCUGCCCACGCCAACAUUAAAUUGACUAGCAAGUGGAGAUCGUGCCAGAAGAGUAAGAAGCCAGCCCGGUGAGUGAUGGAAAUACGCCUUGUGAGCUGUAGAAACCAGGGAUAGUCGACUAUGUUGAAUUGGCGGGUGGAAUAACAGGUGUAGAAUGUGUAGAAUAUGAAGUUAGAAUGCGAUUGUUGAGGUAAUAAAUAAUAACUCAUGGAACGAAACCGGAUGUCGACUUGUCUCCAGAACCGAACAACAACAACAACGACAACAAACCACCACAACCACCACAACGAAUUUCACCCCAAAAGGUCGUCGGCUCGUUAACCGGCAAAUCGCACCACGCAGGCAGCCCUCUGGAAACAAGGGAACGGGCCGACCCAUUUUUGCGGCUGGCAAGGUCUGAUCGAGAUCUUGGAAUUGGCCCUGGGCCUGGGUGGAGUUGCGCGCAACGGCACAGAAUAGAUCACUCCGUAUACGGAGCACUCUUUUGCGGUAAUAAUAAGAAUAAUAAUAGGCGUGUCAGCUUGUCUGCCAUCUCGGCCUUUUUGUGAUGAGCAUCUGAUACCAAGCCAUCGGCAUUAUCAAGCGCUAAAUCGCGAACUUUGUGCUCCGUAUAGCCUGGAUCAUGUUUAGCUUUUUGGGUUUUGAACCAACUCCCAGCCGAACCCGGCUCGAGAUGUUAGUGACGGACGGGUUAGAAAGCUCCCUAGUCCACUGGUUGGCUAGCUGAACCAGCUCUCUCAUUGGAACAACUCCCACUAUCGUAUGACCAGUCAGAGGCUAGCGGGCGCGCCACCUGCGACCCUCCCUGUUGUGUACAGAGUACAUGCGGGCACCUCCCCCUGAAGCCUGCGUCGACAGUUCUCUCCUGGUCUCCAGGAGUUCGCAUUCUGAGCAUCUAAUCUAGCCUUGGAGAGUUUCUCAUUUUCUCUACGACUCCCGACAGCUCCGAAGCACCAAGUCGCAAGAUCAACUCAUUAACCAGCAUAGCUUGAUUUGACCCGCUUUACUUUAUACAUAAAUCAAGGGUCGGCGUGUUUGAGGUGCCAGACACCUGAUGCGUGCAGCCUCGCACCAACACAUGUAUGCCUGCAUUGGUCAGGGUGCCCGCCGUAUCAGAUUGGCCCACGGGCGACAUCCCCGCGCCAGUUGGCGUUUGGUCCCUUUCAGACUUCAGUGAUGGCUCUGGUAUCUCUGCAGCGCCGAGCAGCCUGGUAAGUCACAAUUCAAGCUUGGCCACACCAUUUCAACCCACGACGGAACCUUCCUGAUCUUCCGCGAUUGGUGCGCCGCCUCGUGCUGCCGGGUUCACACUGCUUUGGCCCGAUUAGUCGUCAAAGUGGUCAACCCUGCUGCAGAAAGAUCGAGAAAUUAUAAGCAUCACUAACGAGUGGGCCUUGCUCUGGCGCUGGGUGUGUGUGUACAGCCUACGGGCGCAGUGUUGGGCUAGCCCAGAGUUGUCCUUUGCUUCCCGCCGCCCAGUGUCUGCGCUUCAAUAAUGCUUCAUCCGUCGGACCCGGCCAUAUUUCCCAUUUCCUCCCCACCAGCAAUUGCAGCGGUUGACCAAGAGCGAAACAGAGUGACGAAUCAACCACAGCAAUUUUUUUCCUCAAGGCUGGGUUGGUUCAACUCAAUAAGGAAACUUACACCUUGGCAAAAUAAAAAUCCUGAUACUGUGCAUCGAGCCGGUGCUCAGCCGACGGUCGUUCUGGAUCGGGGUCUUCAGGUCCAAAAAAUACAGGCCUUUUUCGAGUAUUACUUUGUAAAAACAAGAACUCCGGACGAGAUGCAAACUCUUGCCUUGUACAUUCCAUUUGCCAUUUUUAUUAGUGGUUGCACUUACCCUCUGGAUAGGUAAAGCCCAACUGCUAGCUUGCUGACCAUUGUUCUUGUCCGGGUUCCUGGCGGUCUUCGUCUAGAUCCACCUUGCCUCGCUGAGGCACCCGCGGAUAGUCGCCAUUAUUGGGCGUUCUCCUGCUCACAUCCGGGCCUUGUUUUUACAGCCGGCCCCCAAAACUGACGCUAAGCUAACUGCCCAGUCUGGGAUUUUUUAGUGUCUGCUUAAUUUCAAGCCCUGAACCAUUUUGGGGGCUUGAGAGCUGCAACCCCCAGCCAGUAACCCACCACCAUUUCCUGUCAGGGAUAUCCGAUCCUAUCCCAAGAUCCAACCUUUGCCUGACUCUCACGCUCUUCCCAUCUUAACAGUAUUUUUUGGGGUUCAUCCUCUUAAAAUUCGAAUCUGCAGCCGAAGAGGAGAACCUCCAAAACGCACGUCAUUACUUUUUUGCUUUAAUUUUUAUUUUCGCGGGUAACGACAAUUAAGGCGCCAACCUUCCUAUCAUCCUGCUCUUGGUCUCCGCUUAUCUCUUCCUAUUUGCCCCAUCCACUAUCCGGUCUUCUGUUUCCUGGUAUUCUUGCCCCCAAUAGGCUUCGUCCCCCUGGAACCAUAGUCGGGAAACAAACUGUGGUCUGAACUCUCAGUCCCCUGGCCUGGCGUAUCUUGCCCCAAGUUCCAACGGCAUACUCCGCUUUUGUGUGCUGCCGAUCUUCAGAGUCAUUGUAUAUCUUACCUCUGGUUUCCUUCAACCCUUUUUAAGUGUUUGCCUGCGCAACUCUUGGGACCCCGUUUGAUCCUUGAACCCGUUCGAAAACGCACUUUUGGUUUUUUGACUGAACCACUAGGGGCCUCACUAUAUUUUUCAUUCUGCCUCCCCAUCUGCCUUUUCUCAACCGCGAGCUAUUCUUGCCAAGUGCUGGGGACCAAUUGAGAUUGCGGCGAUCGCAUGACCAGCUUCCACACACCAAAAUCACACUCUAUUCGCAGCAGUUUACUUGCGCCGCAUGUCGACUUAGCAGAUGCGGAUAACAUUUAAACGCCAAUCGUCAUCGGCAGCAAAAGAAAAGUAGUAGAAGAAAGAAAAAGCAAAGAAGCUUGUUCUAAAAAAAAAAAAAAAGAAAGGAAAAGCAAAGAACAAAAUAAUAGAAAAAGAAAUCAAGUUACACUAUCUUUAUUCCAACUGACGUGCGCCGAAUGUCAUUAUUCUCCGCUGGCCUCAAGGAAGGAAACCCACCCUCCCACGCCUUCGUUAGCUGCGCCGUACAGACAAGGUCGGCCCUCGCGCUCGAUCUGCCCGUCCGCUGAAAUUCGAGAUGGAGACGGCUGUCCCAGUUGCAUAUAAUGUCACGAACCAUGACAUGAAUGCUGUUGCCCACCGCCGCAUGAUGGCUCCACAUCAACAACAUCAUCAUCAUCACCAUCAUCAUGACCAGAAUAUCGCGUACUUCUCGAACCCACCAAUUCCAUAUUCAACCCCUCUGCAGCCACCGUCAUUCGGCGGUUUCGGUCACAUAUUGAAUAACCAUCCUCAUCAUACAUCCUAUCAGGGCUACUUUAACUCGAAUCCGAAUCCCAAUCCCCAAGUGAAUUCGCAUCAUCAUCGGCUGGCCACUGAGACGAAUCCGGUACACCAGGUUUCAGAUAUCCGUCAUGUCAAAAAUCCCAACCAGCGUUUAAUCAGACCUUCACCACCAAAGGAAGACACUCUCCCUCCUGCUCCUGCUCCUGCUCCUGCUGUUGCUCCUCCCCCUCCUCCUCGGCUGCCACCGCAGCGCGUAAGCGUCGCACCAGUGCGAAAUACCACGCAGCAUGAGGACUCGAAGCCUAUGCCCAAGCCCGGGGUGGAGUUUGGGACGGAAGUGGAUACUCUGAUGAAGGCCAUACAGUCUAAACCGCAACCAGCAUCGCCUCAAGUGGAACAUCAACUCCCUCCUUUGCAUCAAAAGUUUAAUAAUGGUGUCGCCAAUUGGAUUCACCCAGCUUACGCCAAUCAAAUGGCCGGGAACCAGGCUAUUUUCCCUAACGCUCCUCAAGAUCGUGUUCCACCCCCGAACCAAAAAGCCAAAAGGAAAUACGAAUGCACCCUCCCCCAUUGCAGGAAGAGCUUUUUCCAGAAGACGCAUCUGGAUAUCCAUAUGCGGGCACAUACUGGUGACAAGCCCUUUACAUGCAAAGAGCCCUCAUGUGGCCAGCGGUUCUCUCAACUGGGAAAUCUUAAGACACAUGAACGAAGACAUACGGGCGAGAAACCUUACUCGUGCGAGAUAUGCCAUAAGAAAUUUGCCCAGCGAGGCAAUGUUCGCGCCCACAAAAUUACACAUGAGCAGGCAAAGCCCUUUAAAUGUCAACUAGACGAUUGCGGGAAACAAUUUACACAAUUAGGAAAUCUCAAAUCCCACCAAAAUAAAUUCCACGCCCAAACCCUCCGAAACUUGACCCUACGAUUCGCAUCCAUUGGCGACAUCGACCGCAUGUCCCCACAGGACAAGGAGUUGUGGAGUUACUUCUCCACCCUCUAUCGGAAUAGCAACAAGGGCAUUAAGGGCCGUGGUAAGGACCGCCGUGUAUCAACUGCCAAAACCUCAACUAGCGCCUAUGAUGGGAGCCAUUCGGAAAGCGAGGGUGAGGCCAAAGGCCGCAGUCGAAGUUACGACCGUGCAUCAGCAGUGAUGACUUCCAGCAGCGACGAGCCAGAUUACCGUGAGCAGCUUUACCAUCAUAGAAAUGGUGCUCAUCAUUGAGAGCAAGCUUUUCUUACUCCGUCCUCCGCGAAGGUUAUCAUGGGUAUCAGCGGAAUUGCAUAACAAGGAGACCUAAUCGUUACCGGCGGGCGGGCUUCGGAAGUCAAAUCCUUUUCAGAUGCGGCUUCGUGCGCGAACCCGUGCUCUCAUUUGAUUGGAAAAUUUUCCGUAUAUAUUCAAUACCUUUAUUCCCCCUCUCCUUUUUUUCGCUUUAUUUCUGUUUCCUAUUUUUUGUUCUUCGGCUCUAUAUACCUCUUCUGCGUGUGCGUGUUUUCGACUCAGAUUUGGAAUAUUUUUCCCCUGCUGCUUUUGGAAUUUGAGUCAUCUAGGUUUUGUUUUAGUUAUCCCUGUUCCCUUUGUUUCAUUUUUUUUAUCGCGCAUUGGCAAGGCGCCGUUUUUACAGUGAUAAAGCAGGAAAAAAGGAGUGGAAGAAGGGAGGAAAAGAAAAAGGCAUUCAUCAUGGCCAUGAUCAUCGGCAAAACCAUUGAAGCUGGGAUUGUGCACAUAGCAUUUGGACUGGAACUUUCAGGGACUUUUUGUUGUGUGUGUGUGUGUGUGUGUGUGUGCUACAUGCUUUCCUUAACAUAUUUGGGAAGGGGCGGGAGGCUGCGGGGGUUGUGGGCGAAUAUCUGAACAGACAGAGCGGAGGGAAGAUAGAGCCAAGCAGGGAGAAGAUAAAAUAUACCUAUCUGGUGUUGUAUGGAUAUGGGAAACAAUACUUAGCAAGGUGUUGGGCGACUGGGUUACUAUACUACCAUUUUGUUCGGGGUUUACUCUUCUUUGGCUACAUUAGGGUAUUGAUAUAAAAUUUAUCAUAUUAUAAUAUUUGCUUUAUUUUGAUGUACGUAUCUAGUGCUUGGAUGCGAGGGAGGAAGCCUGAAGGACCUUAAAGCCGUACGACUGGUGUCGUUGAAUUAUAUUUCUACACACGAAUAUCCUGAAAGGCAGCGAAACCGCCUCAAAACAAGCGCCCUUAGCACUGCAGAAAACCUCCUGGAUAUAUACAAAAUAAAAUCAAACCCGUAGGU